AUGGUUGUAUUGACUGGCCUCCCCAGGAUCCUCAAUCAACUCGUCCUCGUCCUGACCAAAAUGGGAACCGACAAUGGAAAGGGAAUGACACGCAGGCAAUCCGUCGCGUACUUAAAAUGGGUUCUCAAAGAACUUGAGAUGGCCACAAUCUACCCAGAUGGUGGCCUCGUUGAUUCCGAUUUCAUCGACCCAAUAGGGAUACCGCGACCAAAAACCGAGCCUGACCGUAACCGCUUUGGAUACGACAAAUGGGUCUCCUGGGCUGCUGAUGCUAUCUCAGACUGGCCGAGGAACUUGUUCCAGGUGGAGACGGAGGAGGCCAUUUGCUCGAUACGCCCAGCCUCGCUGAAGGAUAUUUUCUCCGCGCGAGAAUCUGGGAAGCUUCGCUAUGGUUGA